CUAUCGUCGGCAAUGGGCAAUGUGAUGCGCAGAGAGUCGAUCGAACCUAGCACAUUCAAAGAAGCCGGCUGUCUAAGUGUAAAGAAUGGCAGCAGCAGCAGCAACACAAGCCCUGUUCAAAAGGGUAUCUCACCCAGCUCGAACUGGACACCGACCAGCAACGGGGCGACGGAGGUGGUACCUACCUCACCUCUAGGCAUGCGCAAAGUUGAGUCUCGUAAACACGCACACGCGCAUAGGCCGCGCAGUCGAUCCCCAUGUCAGAAGAGCACCCCUGCCGCUCCAUCACAGACUGUCUCGCCCGAGGUAGUCCACACCGCGCGAAGGACUGUGUCACACAGUGCUGAGCCUGUGGCUGAUACUGUGCCCUGUCUCAAGUUUUCGGACAGCAUCCCUGAUUUGGCCCUGGCCUCGAUUGCCAGUCGCAAGAAAGGCUCGCAAAAGGAAGAUCUGCUGACCCGCCGGGAUUCAGAGAGCGAGUUCCUCACUGCGGCAGGCAGUAAUAGUAUUAAG